UCUAAAGUCAGUAACGCUCGGAGUUUUGCGUGAAAAUUUUAAAUAAACUUUAUAAAGUCAGCUAAGUGCAUAGUGCACAAAUAUAUUAUCGAGCUUUCGCACCGCGACAACGUUUUAAAGUUUUGCAAAAAUUAAGAAAAAGUAUUUCAGUGACCCAAAUUGCCACUGAUUAUAAAGUUUGAAUACUGCUAUAAUUGUUAAACGUAAGAUAGAUAAAAUAAAUCAGCGAAACAAGAAACAAAUCCAGCGAAGAAAAAGUGCGAUUCUAAGGAGAAGCGUUACGAAAGUCUGGUAAAGUCUCAAAACAUGGCUGAGGGUCCGCAAAAGGAAAAUAUUUUAUUCAAAAAGAAAUAUUUUAUUGAAGAAUUCACUGAGCUAUUGAAAGAGGAAAAUAUUAUUGAAGAUAAUAUUUAUAGCAUGAUCGAUAUGAAUUUUGCAUGGAAAAUCCGUUUACCCAAAGACAUGGAAAACAAUAAAAACAUUAAUACAAAUAUGAAAAUAUUGAAAGAUGACAGUCUAACUAUUAUGUUGUGUACAAAUGCUACAGGUUGCCACAAAUUAUUACCCUUUUGUACUUAUACAUAUAACGAUGAAGGAGUUUUAAAAUAUUUGAAAAAUAGUGAAUCUCCUUUCCUUCAGUUAGAAAGGAUUAAAUUGGACACUAAAAAAAGAAAUGAAUAUGGAGAAAAGAAGUUUAAGAUGCUAAAGGCUGAAGAAGCUAAUAAAAAUUUCGUCCAUUGGUACAGAAAUUACUUUACAAAAUCUGUAAGAGGCUAUCAAAAGGUAAAAGGUAAAGUACUUUUACUCCUUUCGCAGUACGAACGGUUUAUUAUCCCAGAAGAUAUAAAAGAUAACAGCUUUAAGAUACUAUAUAUACCACUACCUAUAGUCGCAACUUUUCAACCACUGGAUCAGGCAUUUAGGGAAAAAAUCAGGCAUAAGUAUGAUACUCAAUUUCUACAUUUUUGCCAAUCUGGUGACAUAGGGAAUUUUAUUGAAGGAACUUGCAAGCCGUGGGCCGAUCUCACGUCUGAACAAAUACAAACAUUAUGGAAGAAACUUUUUGAAUCAGAUUUUCGAACAAAAGAAGAUAAUAUAACAGAGAAAGAUAUUGCUGAAGAAAUAUCAAAACCACAAAGUUCCAGAGAAACCGAAAGAGAUAAACAGGAGCAUCAAGAAAAUACUGUAAGUGCUGAAAAUUCUGGACGCAUAGAAAAUACUGAAAGCACCGAAGAAAAAGUAGAAGAAGAGUACUUGACACACAUGCGGGAAUUAUAUGAGAAGUCAAGUAACUACAUCGAUUUAGACAAAGUACCGGAUUUGAAGUCCAUCCUAGGACAAUCCUCUUCUUCAAAUGAUUCAACAGAAGAUCGGAGUUCUUUCGGAAAAGCCAAAGGAGAAGGAACGUCAAGAAGAGUUGGUAAAAAUUAG